CAGAAGGGACUUGGGCCCCCCAACCCGGUAUGAAUUGGGAUGUUGUGAAAUCAGAUAUGGGGACUCGUCUCAAUGGGGCGCACAACUGUCUGUCAUCAUCUUUUAUAGAAUAGUUCUCCUCGCUUCUUUCUCAGGAUAUCGGACGUUCAUCUCAUCUUGAAGAGUAUAUUUCAUAAAGGCCCCUCGCCCAUCUACACACCCAAGAUAGCUCUCUCUUCAAAGCCAUCCAGAGCCACUGAGCAGCUCCUCAACCGGGUUUGAAUCUUCGCUCGCCUCUAGCUAACGCGCUUUCUCCCUCCCCCCCUCUCUCUCUCCCGUAUUUCUUCAUCAUGUCCGGGGAAUUUCCAGCCAAACUCAAGCCUGUCUUCGACGCCAAAACGGGCGAGGAACGGAUCAAGGCCUGGCUCGCCCUCGACAAGGACGAUACAGACAACUUCAGCUGGAUGGGCGCCCUGAGCCCCUCCAUAUCCCUCCUCUCCGCGUCCCUGACGCCGGCCCCGUCCGCCACCUUCGCCUUCACUGUCCGCCCGGAGCACUGCAACCGCUCCGGCAACCUCCACGGCGGUGCCGCCGCCACCCUCUUCGACUCCCUCACCACGAUGGCCCUGGCCCUCGUCAACGACCGGCCGGGCUACUGGCAGUUCCUCGGCGUCUCCCGCACCCUCAGCUGCAGCUACCUCCGCCCGGCCCCCGCCGGCGAGGAGUGCCUCGUCGAGUGCGAGAUCGUGCAGGUCGGCAGGCUGAUGUGCCAUCUGAGGGGGACGCUCCGCCGGAAGCGCGACGGCUCCGUGCUCGCCACGUGCGAGCACCACAAGUUCAACACCGAUCCGCCGGCGAGCAAGCUCUGAAGGGAUGGAAAGGCUUCUUUUUUUUCUUUUUUCUUAAGUCCUUUGUUUCGGAAAGCUCUCUCAUAUCGUUGUUACAAAAUCAGUAAAGCGGACUUGUUACAUUGUAUCUAGAAUAGUACAGCGAGAACAGUAUACAUUCGGAACCCCCU